AUGUCUCCCGAGGUCUCAGAUGGCACUUCUGAAGGGGAAAAUCAGAAGGAAGAGGCCUCUGGGCACGCGGACUUUACCGGAGAGCGGCCCACAGCUCUCCUCCAAUCCUCAGAAGGGUCUGGAUCUGAGAAAAGGGCUGCGGCAGAUUUUCCCGGACGCGAGCCUGCCGUGCCCCCCGCGGCCGCUGGGUGGCGCGGCGCGGGGCACCGAGCGUGGGAAGCGCGGGCGCGCGGGCGGGCUGAGCUCACACUCCCGGGAAGCGGCCGCGGCAGAGCCGGGGUCCGCAGCGGCUGCGCAUCGCGCGCCUCUCGCUGGGCGCUUGGGGGCUGCAAGGUGGGCUGCGCGGUCCCCCGGGAGGGAGGAGGCUGCCGGAGAGGAACUGCAAAUGACAGAGCAGAGGGACGGCUGGCUCAUCCAAUCCUGGAGCCGCUGCAGCACUUGUUCCCCAAACAAACAUAUUCUGGUGCAAGGACAGAGAGGAGGGGGCUACUGGCUCCCAGGCCCUCCCGGACCCUGGCCCCCUUGCUGCUGCCCACUGGAAGGGCAGCCUGGCUUAGGCUGCCGGGACAGAGGCUGCUGGUGGGCCGGGGCGUGAUGGCUGCAGCCCCUCCCUGCUGCCCCGCGUGGGAAGAAGAAUGCAGAGCCAGGGCACUGGGUGAAGUUCAGAGACUGCUGAGGAAAACACAGGAUUCACCAUCUGGCCAGGAAGGCGAGUGGACGGUUGAACCCAUUAUCCUGUGAUCCGCACUAGAACCCAAGCUUCCCGGGAGCAGGUUCCAUCCCGUUUGUCCCAGAUCGUUGGCACAACCUGGUGGCUGUCCUUGGGAACUCUUUAAUCCCGUGGCUCCUGCUGACAUUUCCCUUGUAUGUGGACUGAGGGCCCUUCCUUUCACGUGUCCUGACGCACUCAACUGUUUGUUCUGCCACGAGCACCUCCUUUCUCAUGAAGACGUAAUGCGUGAGUCUCUUCCUCUUUUCCUUUGGGUUGUUAACUUUUGAUCAGCUAUUUUAAGAAUAUUUCUCUCUGGCUUCUUCCUCCCUGCCACCCCCUCCCCCCACACACACACCUCUUUUUUCAUUUCCCUUUUUUGUACCUCCUUGUUUCACCCAAUAAAACUUGUGGUGGUAAAAGUUA